AGGUUGCUUUAUCUGUUGGCCACCUAGCUUCUUUGUACAACUACGACAUGAAACUCUUUGAAAAAGCUGAAGAAUUGUACCUACAGUCUAUAGAGAUAGGUCUGAAACUUUUUGGAGAGAGUUACAGUGGAUUAGAAUACGACUACCGUGGUUUACUACAGGUUUACACCUUUCUGGGUGAACCUCAGAAGUACAUGAAGUACCAAGAGAUUUUACAGAGGUGGAAUGAGCUCAAAGUUCUGUCCACUACAGGUAUCGAAACCCGGUUUCUAGCAGUAUAUGUCCGCAGACAUACCGUUGUGCCAAUGGGGGACAUUUGUUUUGCAGAUAAAGUUCUCGUCAUCUUUGGAUUCUAUUUCUAUAAUUUCUCACUAUGUUACACUGUAACAAAAAUCAAGAACUUAAUGUUAUUUAAUUCAUUCAUCGUCUAA